UAUAUGCAUAUAUUAGUAUACUAUAAGAAAAUAUAUUGAUCUUGAAAUAAUAUCACAACAUGGGUGUGACUAAGAUCUCAUCAACAACGCUUCCUCUCAUGGCUGCCAUAACCCUAACCAUAUUAUUAUUAUUAUCAUCACAAGUUUGUUAUGCACAAAACGCACCCCAAGACUACAUCAACGCUCACAACAAUGCCCGUUCCAAAGUUGGGGUUGGUCCAAUGACAUGGAAUACAACCCUUGCUUCUUUUGCACAAAACUAUACUAACAAACUCAAAGAAAGUUGUAACUUGGUGCACUCUGGGGGUCCUUAUGGAGAGAACCUUGCAGGGAGUAGCGGCGAUCUUACGGGCACCGCCGCGGUGAACUUGUGGGUGGCGGAGAAGCAAUACUAUCACUACAACUCUAAUUCUUGUGACUCCGGCAAGGUUUGCGGCCACUAUACUCAGGUGGUUUGGCGCAGCUCGAUUCAUCUUGGGUGUGCCAAAGAGAGGUGUAAGAAUGGAGGAACAGUUAUAAGUUGUAACUAUGCUCCACGUGGCAAUAUUAUUGGCCGAAAACCUUACUAGCUGAUUGCAUACAUACAUGUUAUAUUAUCGCUUGUUUCCACUACUUUCCAUUAAGCAGUUGCUAGCAACUGCUUAAUA